AUGCACGUCGUAGCUCACAUGUUGCACAAGACAGACAUCAAGCAUCUGCUGCUGCGACUACAGACUCUCAAAGCCCUUGCAUGGCAUCCUCUCCUUGUGCCACUCAUCCUGAUGGAGCAGAGGAUAGAAGGCACUGCAGAGAAACUCACCCUGAUGAGGGAUUCUCUCUACUCGGUUGAGAAGCGAACUGGGACUCACAAGAACUACCGAAAUGACAAAUAUCAUGAAGAGCUCAACCAUUAUGCCUAUGGGGACAAGGUUUGGGAGCGCCACCACGAGCAGGAUGUUGACUUUGAAGCUGCCCCUGGAAAGAUCACUUCUGUUGCUGCAGAGUGUGCCAUGACCGAGGCUAAAUGCCAGGUCAAUGAGAGUUUACUCGAUUGGCUACAGGGGCUAAAUGACAGUCUUGGUGAACUUAACACUGACGGCAGUCCUUGGGAGAGGGCAAAGUCCUCAAUCGGAAUGAAGAUCUCAGCCUCAAAAACAUGGUCUGCUAACAAUCGAACACGAAGUAUCUAUUUUGCCAAGCGAGCAGAGGCGCAAAUGCAAGCGUGUCUGAAUCUAAUGGCACAGCGCGAUAGUGCUUUGAACCUCAAAAAGACCGAAGCAGCACUUCGAGACAGCUCCGACAUGAGAGCUAUAGCAUGGGUCACCCUCGCAUUUCUGCCAGCGACGUUUGUGGCGUACCUCCUUCUUCAGCUUUGA